CGAGGUAUCAACUGCACAGAUUGAGUUGUAUUCCAGCGUGAAGAAAUAGGGUAGGAAACUAUGAUGAUUGAUCUAAACAUCCCAUAUACUACAAACACCCAGCUGCUUAGAAAUCAGCUACAAUUACUUGCAACGUUGGGCUAUACGCACGCGGCCAUCAACCACACGAUCCAGCACUCCACCUCUCCCAGCGGCUUUGUUAAUCCCAUAGAUCUGUCGCUGUUUAAAGAUAUAGACAUCAAGGUAUUCACCAGGGUAACGAUAGUGGUUGAUGAACCCGCGCAGGGACAGAGCAUAAACAAAUUCGUUCAACUCUAUGACAUUGUUGCGGUGUUACCAACGAGCGAAAGGGCGUUGCUGAUGGCAUGUUCCUCAAUGGAAGUUGAUGUCAUAACUUUCCACUACACAAAGAGAUUACCGACUUUCCUGAAGCACAAGACCAUAGGAAAUGCCAUCUCACGAGGCAUCCAUCUGGAGAUAGUCUACUCAGCACUCUUUGCCGAACCCUGUCAGUUCAUGUCAAACGUCUUGAACGUUAUCCGAAGCUCUAGACAACAAAACCUGAUUAUAAGUUCUGGCGCCUCAAGACUGUUAUACUUGAGAUCGAUGAAGGACAUCUAUACCGUCAUGGAGCAGUUGGGACUGAAGAGAAACUCAGUGACACAGUGUACCAAGAGAAGCCUCAGGGUUCUGCUAAACGGGAGGUUGAGAAACCACAGUUACAAACAGACAGUGCAAAUCGGCGAGGACGUUAUGGGAGAUGUGGCGCUAAAGAGAUCCAUAGACCAAGUACAACACUCUUCUGCUUUCCAAGCACACCUGUCGUCGCUAAAGAAACUGAAACGUUGAAGACAGAUAGCCGCCAUUGAUGCCGUGUUAUAAUAUUACAAUUAUAACAAUAACACAAUAAUAAUAUAACGAUU